AGCUCACAUUGAAAACACGCGACGAAGUAAUCGAGACAUGUCAACAAAACCGAGCACUACAUCCUGAUAUUUGUGCCGUCCAUCUAAAUAAUAUUGAUUAUAUGUGUUCUUUAACUUUUUAUGGGCAGUUAUUGAGCGACUGAUAUUUCAUAAUGCAACAAGGACAAACGCUUUCGGGUGUAAAUAUUGUGCUUGUUAUGACCUACGGUAGCCUGGUUUUUGUGCUACUCUUCAUUUUUGUGAAAAGACAGAUUAUGAGAUUCGCCAUGAAGUCUCGCAGAGGACCUCACGCCGCAUUGGGUCAUAACGCACCAAAGGAGCUAAAAGAAGAGAUUGACUCCCGUUUGUCAAAAGUAAAUGACAUUCGCUUUGAACCACGUCUGCUUGCUAAGGAGGAUGACAGACUGAAGCAUCAAGGACAGAAUGGCUGUUAUAACUAUCUCUUCAGAAUGCAAGCAUUAGAUGCCAUCAGAGACUCUGAUAUUCCAUUCCAUGAGUUGUGUCACAGUGCCAGCGCUCUGACUGGACGACGCUACAGGAAUUGGCUGAUGGAGCUUAGGAACUCUCAGUCUCUCUUCAAGUCAAAUCACAGCACACUCAUAGAGCGAUUACUGGAAGGAUACGACAGGGCUCGCCACGGCACCGGGGUGUUUGGUGAAUCAGAGUUUGUAAAGUAUAAGGAGGACCUGGCUGAACUGGCCAAUAUUGUAAAACUCCGCUCCAGCACCACAAGUCUUAACCAGCAGCAUCAAUCGGCCGCUAAAGAUCUUACCAGCUCCUCCGGACCCUCUAACGCCUCCACUAUUCAGGUCACAUACCUGCCCUCCACCAGCCAGCGCAGCAAGAGGCCCAAGCAUUUCCUGGAGCUCAAAAACUUUAAAGACAAUUACAACACUUUAGAGAGCACACUGUGACCUUUUGUGUCAAAACUGUGACUGAGUAAUAGAGAAACUUUAAACCAAAAUCAUUCACUGGAAAAAUGAAAGUGAGAGUAGAUCUAGAAGUGGAAAUUUAUAAGAAAUGUUAAAAUGCAAAAAAAGGCAUUUGGCAUUCUGUGCUUUCAAUGUGAAUCAGUGUUUUGGGAGAGCUUCAAAGUAACCACUUCCCUUUAGACUGGAUGCAUUUUUUAAAGGCAUAACUACUAUUUCCUAUUAGAUGUCCCUUUAAUAUGAAAAUCUAAAGGUCAUGGUGUAUUAUCAUAGUCAAAUAAGCAACGACAGUAACCCAAGCUUUAAUCAAGAUUUGACUGAGAUAACAUUUCUAAUGAAAUCGGUUUCAUUCUGUAUCAAGAGUAACAUGGAAUCAAAUUGUCUUCAAAUCGCUAUUCUCAAGAACGGUUACAAAAAUCAGGCCAGAUGUUAUCAUUCCCACAGAUAAUAAAAGGUAACACAAUUACAUAAUAUUACUUCCCGAAUGUGGUCCUCAUUUUUGUAAGUGCACUUUUUUAAAUCUUUGAUUAGUUCAUGUAAAUUUGUAUAUAAAACAAGGAAAGCAAUUGCAGUCAUGCAUUUUAUAUGGUGGUUCGGAUGAAUGUGUAGCUUUAAGAGCUACAGUAUGAGAGAUUGUAUGUUGAACAUAUUAUGUAUUAUAAAGUCUAUCUGAUCAAAUGUGAUUGUCUCGAUGUUUUAUACCGCAGACUUAUCUUACUGCCAUGCCUGUAAUAGAAUCAACUUAAAGAUGCAGUUUUUUUAUCUUUCUAUGCAUUUUACUCUCUCACUUAAAUGGUUGUUUACGUGUAUAAUAAUAUGCAGUGGAGCAUUUGGGCAACGUCCUUAAUAGGCCAACAGUGUAAUAGAUGAUUACUGUGUGUGUUUUGCAGUAUAUGUGUUUUAUUACAUGUGUGAAAAGACUUCUUGGUGUAAUGGCACUCAUAUUAAACUUAGUUGUAAUGCUAUUAUAAAGACAGAGAGGACUAUCAACUAGAUGACUACCACAUUUCUUUGUUGGCUUGAGUUGAGAAGUCAAGUUGACAACACUGUUGAGAAACUACUUUAUUUAAAUAAAAUACAUAAGGUGCAUUCGUAUUAAUUUAAGCUUUGAAAAUCACUUUACUACAAAAAUAUUAAGCAACAAGAUGUUAUUUGCCAUCACAAACUCAAGAAUACAUAUAAGGUUCACACAAAGAAAAAAGCAUACAAAAAAGUAUUUACAAACAUGAAC